GGACAUGAUUAGCGAACUUUGUAAAGGUGAACAAGAAACUGAUGGCGGCUUGAAAUGUAGUCAGAGAUAACUUGAACAUGGGGGCAGUUUACAGAAGUGAGCGAUCCUUGGUUUUUUGUAGAACUGAUUGGAAAGUUCAUACUGAAGCAUCUGAAGAGAGAUAUGAUGUGAUUAUUGUUGGAGGGGGGCAUGCAGGGUGUGAAGCCGCACUUGCAUCUGCUCGUCUUGGUGCAAGAACUCUUCUUUUGACACUUAAUAUUGAUCGCAUUGCUUGGCAGCCUUGCAAUCCAGCAGUUGGUGGCCCUGCCAAAUCUCAGCUGGUACAUGAAGUUGAUGCCCUUGGCGGGGAGAUUGGAAAAAUUGCUGAUAAGUGCUACUUACAAAAGAGGGUUUUAAACCGUUCUAAAGGGCCUGCUGUGAGGGCACUGCGUGCUCAGACAGAUAAGAGAGAGUAUGCCAUGGAAAUGAAAAAAGUUAUUGAAAGCACCCCCAAUCUUUUUAUCAGAGAGGCUAUGGUAACGGAGGUGCUGGUUGGCAAUAAUGAUAAUGUGGAAGGUGUCCAUACAUUUUUUGGAAUGAACUUUUAUGCUCCCUCAGUUGUGCUCACUACCGGCACUUUUAUGAGUGGAAAGAUAUGGGUUGGAAGGAUGUCAAUGCUUGCUGGACGAGCCGGGGAAUCAGCUUCUGUUGGGCUUACUGAAAACCUGAAAAUUUUGGGUUUUGAAACUGACAGGCUUAAAACUGGAACUCCUGCGCGUGUUGAUUGCCGUACUGUUGAUUUUUUUGGUUUGGAACCACAAUAUGGAGAUGAAGAGGUAAGUUGGUUUAGUUUUGAUCCUGAGUACCACAUAGAAAAACAACAAAUGUGCUGCUAUUUGACAAGAACAACAAAAGAUACACAUCAGCUUAUUAGAGAUAACUUACAUGAAACACCAACUUAUGGUGGUUGGGUAGAAGCAAAGGGACCGAGAUACUGCCCAUCGAUUGAAGAUAAGAUUGUAAGGUUCCAAGACAAAGACUCCCACCAAAUUUUUCUUGAACCUGAGGGCAGAAAUGUUCCUGAGCUCUAUGUGCAGGGGUUUUCAACAGGUCUACCUGAGAGACUACAAUUAGCACUUUUGAGAACAUUACCUGGACUAGAAAAUUGUUUGAUGCUCAGACCCGCUUAUGCUGUAGAAUAUGACUAUUUGCCUGCCCACCAAUGCUCCAGAUCUCUUAUGACCAAAAAAUUUGAAGGACUUUUCUUUUCGGGUCAAAUAAAUGGUACGACGGGCUACGAAGAAGCUGCUGCUCAGGGUCUCAUCUCUGGAAUCAAUGCUGCAAGGCAUUCAUUUGGCAAACCUGUUAUCAUCCUUGAGAGAGAAAGCAGUUUUAUUGGCACUCUUAUUGAUGAUCUUGUCACUAAAGAUUUGAGGGAGCCUUAUCGAAUGUUAACGAGCCGCUCAGAGCACCGGUUGCUUCUUCGUGCUGACAAUGCUGAUAGCCGUUUAACUCCUCUAGGACGAGAAAUUGGUUUGAUAGAUGAUAGACGUUGGGCUUUAUACGCGUCCAAGCAAUCUAUGAUUUCUGAAGAAAAACAAAGACUAAAGACUGUCCACAUCUCAGCAAGAGAUGACCUGGCUUCUGAAGUUAGUCGGCUGUCGGGACAACCUGUCAAAGAUUCCUCCACGCUCGAAAAUAUUCUAAAAAAGCCUCAUGUACACUAUGAGGCUUUUGAUAGAUAUGGCCAUGGGAACAAGCUUCUUUCAAGGAUUGAGAAAGAGUGCGUCGAAAUCGACAUUAAAUAUGAAGGGUUUGUUCUGCGCCAGCAGACUCAGCUUCACCAGAUAGUCAAACAGCAACACAGAAAACUCCCUGAUAAUCUGGAUUACCAUUCGAUGACAACCUUAUCACUUGAAGCACGAGAAAAACUUUCAAAGUUCAAACCACAAACAAUUGGUCAAGCGAGCCGGGUUGGCGGGGUGAACCCUGCAGACAUAUCUGCUCUUCUCAUUUUCCUCGAGGCUAAUCGUAGAAAGACGGAUGAGAUGAAAAGACAAGAACUGCUAAGAUCCAUAGUUAUUGAUGACGAUUCCAGCUCCAAUUUAGCUGCUGUUGCUGCUUCAGAGGUGGCUAAUUCCUAAUUUUGGUUUUCCUUUGAUUUUCUCUAUGAAUGCUUCCAAGUUGGGUCUAGUUUCACUGCUAAGUUUGCUUUCUGGCGGCUUUGCUCUUCUUUCUGCUGAUUUUGCCUGUGAUUAAGGCAUGUAUUUUGUGAUAUAAAUGCAGUAUUAUUAUUAUUAUUAUUUUGUUAAUAGUUUUCUAAGUUUUUGCCGCCAUGGAUUUGAUUUUUUCUGUGCAAUGAUUAGGACAGAUUAAUGUGACAAUUUUCUAGCAUGAAUAUGACAUAGUAUUGCUAUAUCAGUGAAGGG